AUGGCUUUCCUGAAGAUGAGGGUGCUGUACGCCUGCCUGCUGCUCGUGGGUGCACUCUGCAUCUACUUCAGCAUGGACUCCCUGAUUGCUUUCAAGGAAAUAUCAUAUGUAUACAAGAAGGAUGAGGGGCGGUUCCUCCAGCUUCCAGAUGUCGACUGUAGACAGAAGCCGCCCUUCCUCGUCCUGCUGGUGACUUCAUCCCACCAUCAGGUGGCGGCCCGCAUGGCCAUCCGGAAGACAUGGGGCAAGGAGAGGACAGUGAGGGGACAGCAGGUGCAGGCAUUCUUCCUCCUAGGGGUCACAGCCAAUAAGGCAGAGACGGCCACUGUGGCCCAGGAGAGCCAGCAGUACCGGGACAUCAUCCAGAAGGACUUUGAGGAUGUCUAUUUUAACUUGACUCUGAAGACCUUGAUGGGCCUGGAGUGGGUCCACCACUUCUGUCCCCAGGCAGCUUAUGUGAUGAAGACCGACUCGGACAUGUUCAUCAACGUGCACUACCUGACCGAGCUCCUGCUCCGGAGGAACCGGACCACGCGCUUCUUCACGGGCUACUUGAAAAUGAACGAGUUUCCCAUCAGGAAGAAGUUCAACAAGUGGUUUGUGAGCAAGCUUGAGUACCCAUGGGACAAAUACCCGCCCUUCUGCUCUGGCACCGCCUACGUGUUCUCAGCUGAUGUGGCCAGUCAGGUGUACAAUGUCUCUGAGCUCGUGCCCUUCAUCAAGCUGGAGGAUGUGUUUGUGGGGCUCUGUCUGGCCAAGCUUGGAAUCCGGCCUGAAGAGCUGCACUCAGAGCAGACCUUCUUCCCCGGGGGGUUGCGCUUUUCCACCUGCCGCUUCCGGAAGAUCGUGGCCUGCCACUUUAUCAAACCUGCUGACCUGCUCAUCUUCUGGCAAGCCCUGGAGAGCUCCCGGGAAGAAGACUGCUCAUAG